GGAGCGGAGAGAGUGAGCACUUGAGCAAGGAUGAAAAGCUCAGCGCUGCUGCGUAGAAUGAUUCCGCCCGGCACUCCGUAGAACCUCAGAGAAAGGUUGGUGGUAGAAAACCUGAAGAUUUCAGUCAACAGGUUCCUCCCGACAUGGAAACAAGUCCGAGCAUUCAUUCUCUUCUCUCGGCACAACGCCAGCUACUGGAGCUACAAGCUCGGUAUGCAGCUCUGUACCAGGAGCAAAAUAAAGGAAACUUAAACCAAGGCCGUGUUCCCGGCAUGGUUGGGGGUUCAAAGCCAAAAGUUGCAACCCCUGAUGUUGUGAACAAGAUCGAGUUUUACAAGAAGGAGAACCCGACGAUCUUCGCUUGGGAGAUCAGAGAGAGAUUGAUCUCUGAGGGAGUGUGUAAGAACAGCACAGCUCCGAGUGUAAGCUCCAUCAACAGGAUUAUCAGAAACCGAGCAGCAGAAAGAUCAGCUCGGGAUUACUCCAGGUUUUCUCUUCCCUGGAUUCCUGCUCUUUACCAGCCCACUCACCGGUUUCCUUUCUCCACACCCUUCUCCAGCCCUCUUCAUAUUCCAUCCUCUCUCCACACCCCUUCUCCCCUCCAUACUCCCUCCCCACCCCUCAAAGAAGAAUCCUACUCCGAUGAUGAAGGAAUCCAGUUUAAGAGAUCUAAAAGUAGUUUCGACACUGAGCAACUCUCAAUACUGGAGACAGGGUUUAAGGAGUCCCACUACCCUGAUCUAGAUGCAAGGGAACAUAUGGCUGAAGCUACAGGACUUUCUGAACCAAGGAUACAGGUCUGGUUCUCUAACAGGCGAGCCAAAUGGAGGAGGAAUCAGCGGACGGAGCUUUUUCGGCCAUUCGUCGACACCAAACCAAACCAAUUUCAAUCCAAACCAAACCAGUUUCAAACCAAACCAAACCAGUUUCCCUUCGAGACGAAACCAAACUUUUUCCAGUUAAACCCUUUCGUCCCUGGACUGAUGCUAACUGAAGCGGACACCAUGGACUGGCAUCGUCCCUGUCCGUCCAGUCCAAUGUAUCCUCCUAGUCCCUCCAGUCCCAUCUCUACUGAUAGUCCCCCUGUGUCCCCGGGCCCAGAAAGUGUUCUAGAUUUGUCCAAAAAGUAAUUAAUUAAUUUUAAUUAACUCAUUGAGUUUGAUAUUUUGUACAGUAUGAUAAUUCGUUAAUAAAUAUUUAUGUUUUGUGUAAUUUAAGUUUAAGUUAAUAAAUAACGAAAGAACAACAUUUAA